GAAUUUAAUGGUUUUGCCCGCCCAGCUGAUUCAAUCACGCUGUGUUGUGGAUCAGUGUAAACACCUGUUCAUGAUAAGUCAAACCCAUCAAUUAAUACUCUACGUCUUCAUGCUCAUGUGUUAGGUCUUUCACUUUCAUAGUAAUUGCCAAAGCCAACCAAAAAAUCUAAAAUAUCUGUAAUUGCCGUAACCUACUUGUUGUGUCUAAUGGCGGCCAAGCGCCUGGAAAGCAUGAUUGUAAUGCGCCGACCACAGCUAAUGGGUCUUUUAGGCCCGUUCACUUCGGCUUGUAAGUUUUUUUUUUUUGUAAGUUCCAUUCCAUUCCAUGGACUGUGUUGAUAUUUGGGAAGCUCGUAAUAUUAAUUUAUUGACCAUGCAAAAACCAUAUGAUCUUAUCUGUGUUUUAGUCAAACUCUCACAAUAUAAUCAGUUUCUAAUAAAUCAUCAAUCUUUAUACAACUCCAACUCAACUGAAUUUAAUUCUAUAGUUCUUUUUCUUGAUGUGUGCCUUAAAAAUAAGUGCUUUCUACUAAUAUAAUACCCAAAUCAAUUUUUUUAACCCUUUCACUAUAUAUCACUUGGAUGUUAUAUUGUUUUGCUUCCCAUAGUAGUUGAACUUGAGGGUUUUAGACCACUUUUUAUUUACCUUUUCUUUGAUGAUAAAAGCUAAUGGAUGUAGCGACUUGCAUCUGCAUGAGGCCACGUAUAAGAAACUUGAUAGGCACGGAAAGUCCGCUUAUUGUGUUAUUGCCAACCUUAGAGGGAAUUACACAAAAUUUUGUAGUAAAGUCUUUCAGACGACUAAUCAACAUAUGGCUGGUUAAACCUAAACCUUUACCCCACCACCCUAGUUAAUUAGAACCUAAUUGAUCAGACAAGCAAGAAGACGUGUUGAGAAUAAUUGUUUUAAAACCACACACAAAUAAUGCUGAACAAAAUAGCAUUACCUAACGCAGUGAAAUCCUCUGCAACAACUUCCACAUGAUAAUUUCAUUUUUUUUUCUUAAUAUCUUAAUGUAAACAACUACAGUGGUAAUCAAUAAUCCAUGACAAAAAAAACUAAACACUAAAGAAGUGAAAUGAACCAAACCAUACACAAAGCUUCACCAAUCUCCUUAACCAUGUCAGAGCUAACAACACUUCUCAGCUCAAGUGGUUCUAUCUUGAAGAUCUUCAUUAGUUUGCUAGUAUUUCAUUUGGUCUACCAAAGACUUAGGAGAAGAGUCAAAGUCUACUUACUCGACUUCACUUGUUACCGUGCCCCUGACUCAAACCGCCUACCAAUGUCCACCCUCCUCGAGACCAUCUACUUAGCUAACCAGAUUGAUCAAGAGAGUAUCGAUUUCCAAGCCCGGAUCCUCGAGAGGUCCUGGUUAAGCAACCAAACCAGCAUUCCCCCUUCUCUGACCGAAAUACCCCUCAAGAAAAGUCUCACCUCGGUCCAAACCGAAACCAUGACCACUAUCUUCACAUCCGUUGAGGAUCUCCUCAAGAAAAACAAACUAAGCCCAAGAAACAUAGACAUACUAAUAACAAACUGUAGUUUACAUGCACCUACACCUUCUCUUAGUGCAAUGGUGAUCAACAAGUUCCACAUGAGAAGCAAUAUCAAGAGCUUUAGCCUCUCAGGGAUGGGCUGUGCAGCUGGGAUUCUAUCGGUCUCUCUAGCUAACGACUUGCUAAAGGUUCACAAAGGCUCAUUGGCCCUUAUUGUCAGCACAGAAGCGCUGAACACGCAUUGGUACAUCGGUAAAGACAGGUCCAUGCUUCUCACAAACUGUCUCUUUAGAAUGGGAGCAGCCGCGGUGUUGAUGUCUAGCAAUGAACAAGACAGAGGAAACGCAAAGUAUGAGCUCUUGCAUGUUGUUAGGACAAACAAAGCGAAAGAUGAUCGUGCUUACAGAUGUAUCUAUCAAGACAUAGACUCUGAGUUAAAGCAAGGAGUGUCCAUAACAAAAGAUGUAAUCACCGUAGCUGGAGAUGUGUUGAAGAUGAACUUAACUACGUUAGGCCCUUUGGUGUUACCUUACUUAGAGCUAUUGCAAUAUGUGAUCCGCAAGAUCUAUAAGCCGAGUUCUUCUUAUAGACCGAACUUCAAGAAAGCGUUUGAGCAUUUUUGCAUUCAUACAGGAGGAAGAGCUGUGAUACAAGCAAUGGAGAUGAACCUGAACUUGACGGAAGAAGACAUCGAGCCAUCGAAGAUGACUCUUCAUAGGUUUGGGAAUACUUCUUCUUCGUCUGUUUGGUACGCACUCUCUUACUUGGAAGCAAAACGGAGAGUGAAAAGAGGAGAUAAGGUGUUGCAGAUUGCUUUUGGAAGUGGGUUUAAGUGUAACAGUGCGGUCUGGAGAUGCAUCAGAGAACUGGAGCCUGACACAGACAACAAAUGGCUCGACUCCAUCGAGUCAUAUCCAGUAGAUGUACCUGACUCUAUAAGUAUCAGACCAUGCUAGCACAUACAAGUAAUGUAACCUUGAAGAAUAUAAGUCAGUAAGGCUCUGAGUAAUUUGUUCAGUUCAUUCAGAGGUUUUGGAUUAUUGUUUGGUUCUCAUUUUCACCCAGCUAUGUAUCAAAUUAUUUUUAGACCAUGUUCAAAAAAAUAUCAACGAUAUAUAUAUAUUUUAAAAGUAAUAGUAUAGUUUUAAAAACUAGUAACUUUUUAUAUAUGUUUAGUUUUUCUUUUGAAAUUAUAAACACUAAAUUUAGAAGCAUAAAAUUAAAAUUUUGAUUUGUACAAUUAUUGAAAAGCUAAAAAGAAAAUAUGAUUAUGUUCUACUGUUCCAUAUGCACAUGAUAAAAGAUGGUUCUGUUUUGACCUUCUACGAUAACGAAGUUUGUUUAUGUUACUCUUCAAAUCAGCCCUGAAAUUUCAUAAUCUAGAAGCAACAACUGUAUUUGAAUUGUUGGCAUAAUAUACAUUCUUGAACCAAUUUUUUUUAACCGGUAAAGUCAUCACUAGAGCUUUGAUCAUAUCGAAGCAAAUCAAAGAGAAUAAAACAAACAAGAACCAGUUAAUUUAGUGAAUAGAGCGAAGAGAUACAUUAACCAUAUUGACGUUAGGGAAGAAGAGUAUACAAGUUUUAAAGUUAUUCAACAAAUAAAAAAUGUUACAUAACGUAUUAAACAGAAGAGAGAUCUUGUUUUCUCUCAUUAGUGUUUAUCGUUAGAAGCAUGUUUAGCCUUAGGCUUCUUGACGAUCAUAACGGAGCAAUGAGCAUGAUGAGCUAAAUAGUCACUCACGCUCCCCAAAAACACCCUCUUGACAGCUCCAUAGCCAUGGCUCCCAAGAACAAGAACAGAUGCAUGGUGUCUCUCCGCUGCUUCCAGCAUUAUGUUCCUGGGAUCUCCUUCUACAACCUCCAACGAAGUGAUCUCAACGGAUUUAGCCGAGCACACAUCGGUACACUUCUUCUUAACCAAGUCUGCAGUCUUGUCUAAAUCUUGUUCCACCAGUGGUAUUAUAUCGACCGUUCCGGGUCCGGCAAAGCCGAGGACGGAGGUAGCGGGGAGUCUGGCGUGAAGGACGACGAGUUUGAAUUGUGGGUUUGAUUUGAAAGGUGUGAAGAAGAGAUCGAGAGCUGUCUCUAGUGCGUGGUAGCUAUGAGUUGAAUCAUCGACUCCUACGACCACCACACGCUCACUUCCACUAGCCAUUUCGAUCUUUUUUUUUUGUCUUUUUGAUGAUCAUGAAUUAAGGUAAGGUGUCGUCUAUUUGAAUGAUUAAGUGGCCAGUAUGGUGUGGUCGAGCGUUGUUGCUGGGAUCUAUACUCACGCGAGACCUCUUGUUCCAACUAAGAAGAGUUUGUUUUAAUAGUGUGUUUUCUGUUAACGAACACUUUAAAUAGGCAUAUGCAUGUUUUUCCGAUUAUCUCAGUCUUUUUGACUCCACUAAUUAAUUAUGAUCAUAAUCAUGAAUAUUUGAGACAUACCAAUCCGAAUACAACGCACAGGGCUGCCCUUCUACAAAGCUUCAGGCCACCAAAUAUUUUUAAAAAUUUAGGGCCUCCUUAGAAAUGAUUAUUGUCAAAUGGUUAGAGAAACAUAAUUCUGAGUUUGAGUCUUUUUUUUAUCAAGUUUAUUUAUUAAUCGUAUACAGCUGAUUAUAUAAAUUGCGAUAGUGAUCUAAAUCUAGUUCCAAAAUCCAUAAAAUCCUCAAAUUAUUUUUAUAAGUAACUAUAUAAAAAUAUAAAACUUUUAGUUGUGAAU